AUGUUCGAGCACGUUGGCAGAAACAACUACGGGGCUUACUUCGACAAGUGCUACGAGCUGCUGAACGACGACGGCAUCAUGCUCAUCCACACCAUGGGCUCCGCCCUGCGGGCCGACUGGAACCACGGCAGCUUCAUCAACAAGUACAUCUUCCCCGGCGUGGAGCUGCCGCGGAUUUCCGACCUCACUCAGGAGUACAGCGACCGCUGGCACCUGGAGGACCUGCACUGCUUCGGCAAGGGCUACGUGCAGACCUGCCGCGGGUGGCUCGACAACCUGCGAGACUGGAAGGGGCUGGAGGACACGCCCGCCAGCGAGAGGCGCAUGUGGGAGUACUACCUCGCCGCGGGCGCGGCGGCGUUCGAGAGGCGGCGGUGCCAGUUGUGGCAGGUGGUGUACACCAAGCUCGACAGCCCGAGAAGGGACGGCUGUUACCACAUCCGCGCCCCGCAGGAGGCGUGA